UGGCGCGCGUCACUCGCAACUCUGGCAGCAACCCGCCAACGAGUAAUAAGACCAACAAUACGAAUUAAAAACCGAGAGGAGGUAAAGCGUCAGGAGGGUAGACAGGGACUUAGACGUUCAAACGAGAGGGACGGCGUGGAAAGAACAGAGAUAAACAGAAUAAGAAGGUGCGAGACAAGGUCAGAGUGAGAUAGAAGGAUAUUAGAGUGGCAAGGUGUUGAUCGUCUGACAACGUAUAGGUCGUAAAAUCUUUCUUUCAUACAAGCCGAAGAAGAGUCGAAGACGGGGGGAAAGACAAAGCAAGGCUUUAGCGCACAAGCUGACAGUAUUUAACGAGAUAAAAUUCGAAGUACAAGAUGAAGACCAGCUUACUUACUCUUGCCUGUGCAAUUUUCGUCCUCUUGGCUGAUCGGGGUUGUGCAAAUCCUUACUUCGAAGAUGAAGAGAUCGAACGGAUCGCAGAAGAUGAUGGGCUCACCGAUUCCGACUAUACGGACAAUGCAUUGGAUCGUUUACUUCACGCAGCUCAACAGAAGCGUGGCUGCGUGCGCCGCGAUGGUAACUGUGAUCAUCGGCGAAACGACUGCUGUUACAAUUCGAGCUGCCGAUGUAACCUCUGGGGCUCAAAUUGCCGCUGUCAACGGAUGGGCAUCUUCCAGAAGUGGGGAUAAGCCAUUGGUUCUUCGCAAAUGCAGAACGGCCCUACCCUCCGUAUCGCGAGUAAAUCGCAGACAUCCUGCAGGCUCCAGGCACCUACUCGCGUAACUCGGUCUUUACUAUAAUAUAUAUUAUAGAUAGGAUAUGGUAAUAAUGUGUGAUACAUAUACAAGUAUCGUCCGUAUGAAACAACGUAAAAAUCAUUUUCUCUUCGUAAGGCAGACGUGAAAUCAGACUGCGAAUUACGUUCUUUGUGGUUUUUUUGUAUGUACAAUGCGGAAUUUAUCUGCGUGCAGGGUAUCUUGGGGCCAGGCGACCCUGCCGAGGGUUUGUACCGGAAAUUCGUUCG